AUGAGAUAUUCAAUCUUUGCUACUUCGGCCUUGCUUUUGGCCGGCUCCUCCUGUGGUGCUGUCAUCAAGGCAAUCACUCCCGACGUCGACACGAGAAACAUAUCCGAAAUCUACGCGGCUGCUCUCCAGGAAAACGGGACUCUUCAAAUAGCAUACGGCGGCGAUGAGAAAAAGCAAAGCACUGCGUUCGUCCAGGCAUUCCAGGCCGCUUUCCCCGGUAUAAAUAUCAACGCGACCACCGACUUGUCCAAGUACCUCGAUGGCCGGAUCAAUCGCGCCCUGCUCGCCGGUGAGACGUACGCCGACGUUGCCAUCAUACAAACGCUGCAAGACUUUGAUUCGUGGAAGGCCCGCGGCGUGCUGCUCGAAUACAAACCGCCAGGCUUUCACCAGCUGUACACCGCGAUCACGGACCCAGACGGCGCGUACAUUCCUGCCAACAUCGGCGGGUUCGGCUAUUUCACCUACGACACAACACGGGUCAGCGCGGCGGACGUGCCCAAGACGUAUCUCGACGUGCUCGAUCCCAAAUGGAAAGGCAAGAUUGUGCUCACCUACCCGAACGACGACGACGCCAUCAAUUUCCUCUUCGCCACCAUCGUGGACAAGUACGGCUGGCAGUGGCUCGAACAGCUCCUGACACAGGACGUCAGGUGGGUGCGCGGGACUGCCACGCCCGCAGAGGUCAUCGCGCAACCGGGGUCACAGUAUGAAUUGACGUUUUCCGGAUAUCGUGCGGCGGCCAAUCAAUCGAUGGCUGCGCCGCAGGACUACUUCAUGUCUUGGGCGCAGACGUCCGCCAUUUUCAAGAGCACCAAGCUGCCCGAGACGGCCAAACUCGUGCAGGCUUUCCUCGCCUCCGAGGACUGGCAGACCGCCAAGGUCGCUCAAGGCUCGUUCUCCACACGGAAGGACGUGUCUGCCAAUUCGACGGUGUGGGCGGCUGAAUGGACUGACGCGGCAAGAUACCACCAGUUCAUGGUGCAGAGGGACGUGGUCGAGGCGUGGCGGUUCAAUUUCGAGGAUUACCUGGGCACUGCGCAGGGGCUGAGCCCUCUCGUCGACGAUAUUUCGUAG